AUGUUGAGUGAACAGACGGCGGCUAGCACUAGCAGCGGCGGCGGCGGCGUCGAGCAUCAGGAGAGGAGCGUCGAGGACGACAGGCGGCUGCAGCCGGUGGGGGAGAACGAGGAGGAGGAGUUCAGGGACAUCCACGCGCUGAGCCCGCCGCCGACGCCGAGCCAGCCUUCGUCGUACCGCCUCCGGGAGUCGUGGGGGUCCGCCGCGGGCGGGAGCAGGCACACGUCCAUCCGCUCCGUCGGGAGCGACACCGCACCCAGCGAGCCCUUCCCGACUAUGAGCAGGGAGUUCUCGGCCAUGGUCGCCGCAGCAGCCAGCGUCAACGCAGCCGCCAACGCCAACGCCCACGGUGACGCCGCCGACAGGGACGUCGUGGACGCCAUGGGCUGGAGCAGGAUCGGGGAGGCCGAGGAGGAGCUGGAGGAGACCAACCCGCUGGCCAUCGUGCCCGACAGCAACCCCAUCCCGUCGCCGCGCAGGGGCCCGCCCACCCCAGGAGGCGCCGACGUCGCGCUGAUGGCCGCCAACGGCCACGGCCACGCCAACGGCGAAGGCGGGGUGUCCGUGGGGCAGGUCAAGAAGGAGGAGGUGGAGUCCAAGAUCGCCGCGUGGCAGAUCGCCGAGGUGGCUAAGGUCAACAACCGCUUCAAGCGCGAGGAGGUCGUCAUCAACGGCUGGGAGGGCGACCAGGUCGAGAAGGCCAGCGCCUGGCUCAAGAAGUACGAGAGGAAGCUGGAGGAGAAGCGUGCCAAGGCGAUGGAGAAGGCGCAGAACGAGGUGGCCAAGGCGCGGCGGAAGGCGGAGGAGAAGCGCGCGUCGGCGGAGGCCAAGCGAGGCACCAAGGUGGCACGGGUGCUGGAGCUCGCCAACUUCAUGAGGGCCGUGGGGAGGGCGCCCUCCACCAAGCGCUCCUUCUUCUGA